AUGGGCCGCAGCGCUGCUCAGAGAUCGACAGAAAGCCAAACUCUGAGUCAAGAGGUGGGUCAGACCCUUGGCGCCGAUUUGCUGCGUUCUUUGCGCAAGGACGGCGAGGAUGAGGAAGCUUGGGCGAUGCGGAUCGAAGCACCAGAAUUUCGACCUGGAGCCAGGUUCUAUUGGUCCACACCAGCUGCUCCGUCCGAUGCCCAUCUCUUGAGCGCAGAGACCUCUGCCGGGGCUGCGUCCGAUGACACUGAGUCCUUGGAGGUUCCUGCGACUGCUGGAGAACCAGAUCCCAACGAGCCAGGAAGUCUUUUCAAUGGCUCUCCUCAAGCCAAAUGUGUACAGUCUCAUUGGCAAGAUGAGAAUUUGAGUUCACCAGCGGCAUGGCUUUCUAAAGCACCAUCGUUGGAAGAACUGCCGGACACUAUGCUUUGGAAAAAAGGAUGA